GCCGGCGGCGCGGGGGAGGGGCGGGGGUGGGACGGGGCAGCGGAGCCGCUCCGGCAGCACGGGCAGCGCCGCCCUCCCUCCCUCCCCGCGCCCGGGCUGCCUGCGGAAUGAGCGUCCCCCGGGCGGCUGCCGGCGCCGCCGCCGCCUCCACUCGGGCUCCGGCGGGCGGGCAGAGCGCGCGGCUGCCGGCGGAGCGGGAAGAAUGACCGGGCGGAGCGGCGCGGAGAGGCAGCCCGGGAUCACCAUGCGGGCGCCCGCCAGCGUCCUCCACCUCCUGCUGCUGUCCUUGCUGGCCGGCCUCGACCCUUCCAAGACUCAGAUUAGCCCCAAGGAAGGGUGGCAAGUUUAUAGUUCAGCCCAGGAUCCUGAUGGCCGAUGCAUUUGUACUGUUGUCGCACCUGAACAAAACCUAUGUUCAAGAGAUGCCAAAAGCAGACAACUUAGACAGCUGCUAGAGAAGGUUCAGAAUAUGUCCCAAUCUAUUGAAGUUUUAAAUCUACGGACUCAGAGGGAUUUCCAGUAUGUUUUAAAAAUGGAAACACAAAUGAAAGGGCUGAAGGCCAAGUUUCGGCAAAUUGAAGAUGAUCGGAAGACAUUAAUGACAAAGCAUUUUCAAGAGUUGAAGGAAAAGAUGGAUGAGCUCUUACCACUGAUCCCAGUUCUGGAACAAUACAAAACUGAUGCCAAAUUAAUCACCCAGUUCAAGGAGGAAAUUAGGAAUCUGUCUACUGUUCUCACUGGGAUUCAGGAAGAAAUUGGUGCCUAUGACUAUGAGGAACUACACCAGCGGGUACUCAGUUUAGAAACCAGGCUUCGAGACUGCAUGAAAAAGCUCACAUGUGGCAAAUUGAUGAAAAUUACAGGCCCCAUUACAGUCAAGAUAUCCGGAACUCGAUUUGGAGCCUGGAUGACAGAUCCAUUAGCAUCAGAGAAAAAUAACAGAGUCUGGUACAUGGAUAGUUAUACUAAUAAUAAAAUUGUUCGUGAAUAUAAAUCAAUUGCAGACUUUGUCAGCGGGGCUGAAUCAAGGACAUACAACCUUCCAUUCAAAUGGGCAGGAACCAACCAUGUUGUCUACAACGGCUCCCUCUAUUUCAACAAGUAUCAGAGCAACAUCAUCAUCAAAUACAGCUUUGACACUGGGCGGGUGCUUGCACAGCGUAGCCUUGAGUACGCUGGCUUUCACAAUGUCUACCCCUAUACCUGGGGUGGCUUUUCUGAUAUUGACCUGAUGGCAGAUGAAAUUGGGCUAUGGGCUGUGUAUGCCACCAACCAGAAUGCAGGCAACAUUGUCAUCAGCCAGCUAAACCCGGAUACACUGGAAGUGCUGAAGAGCUGGAGUACAGGCUAUCCAAAGAGAAGUGCUGGAGAAUCCUUCAUGAUCUGUGGCACCUUAUAUGUUACUAACUCUCACUUAACAGGAGCCAAGGUCUACUACUCUUAUUCCACAAAAACCUCCACUUACGAGUAUACAGACAUUCCGUUCCAUAAUCAGUAUUUUCAUAUAUCCAUGCUUGACUACAAUGCAAGAGAUAGAGCUCUCUAUGCCUGGAAUAAUGGACACCAAGUCCUGUUUAAUGUCACUCUUUUCCACGUCAUUAAGACUGAAGAUGACACAUAAUUUUCUUCCCCUUUCCCUCUCCUCACCCCACUUCUGAACAGUGUCAUUUGUGAUAACUCUAAAGCAUCCAUCCCUCUGGGUUUCUUUUAAUUUACUUUUUUUUCCAUUAAGGAAAAACAUUUUCUACCAUGCAGUGCAUUUCUAACAUGGCUGAGCCUGUCAAACAGACCUGUUGGAAAUAAAAGCAUCUUAACUCAUGAUUCUACAAGGUCUAUCGAGGCCUUGUCAUGAAAAGCACUAGAGAGAGUUUAAGUGGCUAAAGACAUAGUUUUAAAAAGAUUAUGAUCUGCCUUAUAUUAGAGUCAGAGACUAAUGGUGGCUUAAAUGCAUGAAUGUCUUCUUUACCUCAUCAUUUUUUUUCAUCUAUAUAUUGCUCAACUUCAGGAAAAUUUUUGGUUGCUGACACAAAUUGCACACUCUAUUUUUUAUUUAUUCCAAAUGAAAGACUUAGAAAUUUAAUUUACUUAAACAUGGAGUAUGAUUCAUUUUGCUAUCACCCAAUUUCAGAUGUGGUGCUGUACAGUAUGUUUUUAAAUCUCUUGCAAACAUUUUAUUGACAGUAUGUAUUUCUACCAUUGUAACCACCAUUGUGCAAUUGUAUCUCUUCACUUAUGUGAAAGUAAACUAAGUACUAUUUUUUAUAAAAUCUAUUGAAGCUCAA